AUGUUAGAAAAUAUAAAGUUUCAAUUUGUUCCAUUAAAAGAUUUGGCUGAGAUUGACAAAGACAACAUAGUCGAUGUAAUAGGAAUUGUUAAGCGUUCACACGAACUUGUCGAAGUUACUUCUAAACAAACACAAAAGGCAGUAAGCAAAACUUUGUCGGUAGCGCUCAAUUCGAUAUUGCUUGUGAAUCCUUCUAUUCCUGAAGCCAGAAGAACUAAAAAAUUGGUUUCAAUCGGGUGGAAGUGA